GGCUCGCAAUGCAGAGAAAGCUAUGACUACUCUCGCCCGGUGGCGGGCUGCACAAGUACAAGAAGCAGGAGGACAACGAGAGCGAAGACCAUAUCUCGCGUCAGAGUGCACAGAUUUACCACAAGCAGAAAAAUGGAGACUGCAGAUUGUUAGGGAAAUUGCCAAAAAAGUUGCCCAGAUACAGAAUGCCGGUCUUGGUGAGUUUCGGAUACGAGACUUGAAUGAUGAGAUCAACAAGCUCAUGCGAGAGAAACGUCACUGGGAAGUUCAAAUAAAGUCGUUGGGCGGGCCAGACCAUGCUCGCGUUGGACCAAAAAUGCUUGACCAAGACGGUAAAGAGGUACCCGGCAACCGAGGCUACAAGUACUUCGGAGCCGCUAAAGAUCUACCAGGUGUACGUGAGCUGUUCGAACAAGAGCCCCCUCCGCCACCGAGACGAACGCGCGCGGACCUCAUGAGAGACGUGGACGCCGACUACUAUGGAUACAGAGACGACGACGACGGUCUCUUGAUGCCACUCGAGCAGGAAGCUGAGAAAGAAGCCAUAGCAAGGGCAGUGGAUGAGUGGAAGAGAAAUAAAGAGGAAAAUAAAGAUCAGGAUUUGCCCGAGGAAGAAAACAUUUAUCCAGAAGAUCCGGACGACAAGAGAAUAGAAGAAGAAGAUGAGAAUGGCGAGCCAGUCCGUCAAGUAGUGACGUCACAUGUAGCAGUGCCAUCACAGAAGGAUAUAGAAGAAGCGUUAUUGCGGCGGAAAAAACAAGAGCUGUUGGAGAAGUAUGGCUGUAUGGAUAUCAAACUGGAACAAAGCUGA